AUGUCCCGUCGAGUCAGUGGCCUUCAGCGUGAAGUCCUUCAGCUUUAUAGACAAUGCAUCAGAGCUGCACAUACUAAGCCCAAAGAUAACCAACCACGUUUCCUCAAGUACAUCCGUUCCGAAUUCGGCCAGUACAAAGAUCUUCCCCGCAAAGAAUUCAGCACUAUAGAGCAUUUGCUAAGAGUCGGUCACAAAAGACUAGAAAUGUACUCCGCCCCUGAACUUAAAGAUAUUCAUUGA